CUUUCUGUUACCAAGAUUUGUCUAAAAAGUGGUUAGAUCUCUCUUGGUCUUGUUGUACUCUCAGACUUUGAGUGUCUGUUUACGCCACACAAGUGAAUUAUUAGCGGUCAGUCUGAGUAGAGAUCCACUGCACGACGCAAAAAUGCAGUUUUUCUGUGAAUCAGGAGAUCUCGCCGUGAAUCAGACCGGCCUUAAUGCCGUCUUUGCCUUUCGGUUUCAUUCUGCCUAUUCUACUUGCGACAGCACUGCGUCAGAUUAUGCUUGUUGGCGUUGAGUAUUCUUUCAAUUUUUAUGACCUUUCACAGACGCAUUAUUAUUGCAUUACUGUUGAAUUGUAGUCUCCACCUAAGAUCCCGGUGCUCGUUAGCAAGGAAAUGCAGGAUCUACGGCGAACCGGGAUCUUAACCGACGAACCCAGGGAAGAAUCUAUGGUGACCCGUGUCAAGGCUCCCUCCACUCUAAAAUGAUUCGUCUGGUGAAAAUCACCCCACAGAAAGCUGCCUUUGCUCCUGAUUUUCACGGUAAGCCGUUUUUAAGCUACCUCAAGCUUUCCCACCACCUGUCCCGCUGAGGAUGUCUGGCAGAUUGGACGGCUUGGAGACUCUGCUCUCCUCCCUGGGUGAGCGUGGCCGCUACCAGAUGAGCAUGCUGAUCUUGCUGUCCUGUACCUACAUCCUCCUGGUGUUCAACCAUGUCGUCAUGGCUUUCCACGGCAUGGGGGUGCCGCACUCGUGUGUCCCCGGCAAUCUCUCCGUCACAGAGGAGGUCAACGCGACAUUCACACUCACUGGGGCCCAGGGCUACAGUCAGCUGCUGAGUAUUGAAAGCCACAAAUGCUCCAGCGUGGAACAUUUCUCCGACGGUCACAACUUGACCACCUUCUGUGAAGCUGGCCAGUUUGUUUACCACCCUAAGAAUGCUGAAAAGACCAUUGUCAGUGAUUUUGACCUGGUGUGCUCCAACAAGGAUCUGUCCAGCCUGGCCACCACCAUCUACUUCGCGGGCGUGAUGCUGGGCGGCCUUGUGUUUGGGGACCUGGCUGACCGCCUGGGCCGGCUGCCCGUGCUGCUGGGGACACUGUACAUGUCGGUGGUUCUGGGCGUGGCCACCGCGUUCUCCGUGAACUACGUCAUGUUUGUGGUGCUGCGCUUUGCGCAGGGAGUCUUGAUGCAGUGUGGUGCCAGAAUCUCUACGAUGGCUUUUGAUGAAAGGAAAGUUUGAGAAAGCGGAGGCUUUAAUCAGGAAGAUUUGUCAAAAAAAUCAGGUGGCAUUCCCAGCUGCAGAGUGGCAGAAGUUGAAGGAAGAAACGUCGAUGAAGUUGGACCUAGGGUCUGAGCAAAAAGAACAUACAAUGAUUGACCUGGUCAAGACAUCACAGCUGAGGAAGAGGUCUUUUGCCCUGCUCUUUAUUUGGUUGACUAUAUCUACAACUUACUAUGGGCUUACUUUUAAGAUGACCGUCUUCAAAUGGAACAAAUAUAUGACUUUCUUCAUCGGAGGAGCUGUAGAGUCUGUGUGCUAUAUACUGAGCCUGCCUGUAAUGCGAUAUUUUGGGAGGAAGAAACCUCUCCUUGUGUGUUUGCUGUGUGCGUGUGUCACGUGCCUGGCAGCCGGCCUCCUCAAUGAUCACUCUUCUGGACUGACCUACUUAAUCAUUGCGCUGGCUCUGGCAGGCAGAUGUGCAACUGCCUUCCUCUUUGCCAUCAUUUUUGUAUUCUCAUCGGAGCUUUUCCCUACUCUUAUACGAAAUAUUGGCAUGGGCUUUUGCUGCUUCUGGGCUCGCCUAGGCGGAGUUUUAGCUCCUCAAGUUAACCAAUGGGCAAAGACAGUUGUUGGCUUUGAUGCCAUUAUCAUCUUUGGAGUGUUAGCUGGCAUAGCAGCUGUCUGCGUGCUGGUUCUGCCGGAGACUCACAACUGCCUGUUGCCCGAUGCCUUGCACGAUGUUACAGAGGGCCAUGUCCUCAACAAAAAAGACAAGGACUUGAUGGAGGAGGACGCGGUCGCACUUCAGUCUAUGACAAAUCAUCAGAUGAGCUGAGAGAUAUAUGAGGGUCUGCAAUGUCGGCUCAUCGUGAAAUCAUUUUGGUAUUUUUAGUUUUAGAUUUGAAAGACAUGUGGUCAUGUUGUUCACUCAUGGAAAAUCGUCUGAUGAGUAGAGAUUUCAGACUAUGCCAUGACGUCGAUUUGUAGAGAUGAUGAUGUUGGCCCACGAUAAAAUUGUUUAAUAAUUUGUUGUAUGUUUUACGUGUGGCUGUAAUCCAGAUAUUGAAUUAUCUUUGAUAUCCUAAAUGUACCAUACUGUGUUGGUGUGAAAUGAAUGGAAGCUUGGUUUGUUAGAGGCACAGAAUUUCUAGACAUUUUAAUUUUAAAGAAAGAAAAA